UAGAUCUUAUAUAAAUGGUAAAUUUCGCGCUUAGUUUCGCUCAUUCCAACCAAAAUGGACAAAAUAUUCAGGUCGGAAAUCUCAGACAAUUCGCACUUGUGCGAAUUGGAAAACUUGACCAUCGCCAAUUACGCUUUGCAACGUCUAAAGAGCCGCAUUGAGGUGCUCGGAGACAAACCCUGGCUUGUGGACACGGUGAAAGGAAAGGAGAUUUUGUUCAAAGACGUGGAAUGUCGCGCCAGAAGCGUGGGCAGCGCGUUGAGCCGGCGCGGCUUCGCAAAGGGCGAUUCGGUGCAAAUCGUGAGCAGCGACGUGGUGGACGCGACUUUGCUGCAAACCGCAGUUUGGCUCAUCGGGGGCUUCACGCGGAACUGCUGCACUGACGAUUCCCCAGAGGAAAUUGCGAGGCAAAUGAAGCAAAUCGAAUGCAAAUUCGUCGUCGCCGACAAAGAAACGAUGCAAAAAGUGACGGACGUGCUUAAGUUGUUGGACUUUAAGUGCUCCGUCAUAACUAUUGGGGAUAAUUUAAGUGUCAAAAACUCGGUCAAAUUUACAGAUUUGAUCUCUGAUGAUGGAUCAGCUUUUCCGGAGACGGAAAUCGAUGGCAGGGAAGACGCGAUUCUUGUUUGCAAUACCAGCGGCAGUACCGGACAUCCAAAGGGUGUCGUCCACACGCACCACUCCAUCCUUUCAACCGUCGCCGUUUUUGAGGGAAAUCUCCCGAUUGACGCGAAAUCUGAUGUUUUCUUAUGCACCAACACAUUUACAAUUUCCUACGCAUGGAUGUGCAUCGUGAGCCUCGCAAUAGGAUUUUCUGUUCACACCAUGGGCAAGUUUAAAAAGGAGCUGCUGCUCGAGCACUUGCUCAAGUACCGGACGCCAAACGUAUCUUUCUAUCCUUACAUCGGCAGUUGGUUUGUCAGAAUUUUGGAGACGACGAAACACGAUUUUUCCUUCAUCAAAGAAAUUUCGUUCGGCGGCGGCGUCCUCGACACUACAACUUUCCACAUUUUGAAGAAGUACCUGCCAAAUGUCGCCAUUAAUCAGACUUACGCUUCAACUGAGUGCCUUGGAAUUGCUAAAACUUUUAACAAAGAUGGCAAAAAAUUGAACAUCAAAAUCACCCCUGAAGGAGAAAGUUUGGCCUCAAACGGAUUUCUUUUUCCCUCGGUGGAAGUUAAGAUUGCAGAUUUCGAUACUGGUGAAUUACUGGACGAAAACCAACUUGGGAAAUUGUACGUCCGCUCCAAAUUCUUGUUGAAAGGCUACCUCGGAGUGAACGGAAAAAUGGACAGGUCUUGUCUGGACGCGGAGGGUUGGUUCGAUACCGGGGACAUGGCGUUCGUGGACGAAGAGGGCGAGUUGUUUGUGCGCGAGCGAGUUUCGUUCAUGUUCGUGUACAUCAACCGGCGCGUGAUUCCGAGCGAAAUCGAGGCGCUGCUGCUGGAGCACCCGGCCGUGCAGAUGGUGUGCGUCCUCGGGGUGCCGCACGUCGACACCAACUACCAGGCCACGGCGUUCGUCGUCCUGAAAAGGGGCAAGCUCGCCACCGAAGAUGAACUCAAGCGAAUCGUGGCGCGAAAACUCCCCGAACACAAACACUUGCACGGCGGCGUCCAGUUCGUCGAGUCCUUGCCCGAGAACAGGGGCGGAAAACUGGACAGGAUCGCCGUUUGGAAGAAGCACUGCCACAGAUUUCAGGCUUGACGCAUCUUUGAAUCGGAAUUAUUGCAUUUUAUUGUAUUUUAUGACUUUUACAAAUAUAUGUGUUAGAAAAGCGUAAUUUAAUUUAAUGAAAUUGUUACUUACAAUUUUAAUACUUAUUUGUGCAUGGUUUAGUUAUUAGAACAAAUAAAUUAUUUAAAAAAUAUCAUGAGAUAUAAA